GAUUCUUGUAGAACCAUGACAUGGUCUGCGAAACACCAAGGGCCAACUGCUAAUACCCGCUGCAUGUCCACCGGAUGAAAAAAAUAGAAGGCAAAAAAGUUGUUUCCAAGAAUCCUCAUGUGCAUGCCCUUAAUAGGUCUCCAGAUGCCUGCUAGCGUGUUCUCCAUAGCUUCAAGGUUAUACUUUUUCCGGGUUAACAUUGUGCCAACAAGGCACCACCGUGCGCCGCCACCACUCUGUUGCGCCUCAUCACCGUCGUCUAGAUCUAAACACACAUCCUCCUCCACUGUUAAAUAUAGGCGUUUCCCCAGCGCUGCUGUCAAGUCUCGUACACUCGGAUCCGUCAUCGUCUUAGCCUCUUUUUUGCAUAAACGUGCUAUAAGAUUUGUUGCCUCCCACCUUGAGGAGAAAAGAAAACACUCCCACCAAGUGGACAAGGGGGAUGGCAUUGGGUGGGGAGUGGAAUAUAUCCGUAUUCGAGUCUUUAUUGACUCAAGAAAGCCGCUGCGUAGAGGAAUGACGAUGACAGCGAAUGAAGGGCCUUUCUGGGUGGAUUUUCGGUAUGAACGACUCCCAAAUUUUUGCUACUAUUGUGGAAUGCUUGAUCAUGUUGAAAGAGAUUGCAAACUGGGACUAGAAUUGGAGAGCUUAGGGGUGAUGGAGCACCCGUACAGCAGGGAUCUUCACGCAGCUCCAAAAAGAGGCCAACAUGACGCUGCGUUACAAGUGGGGAGGUGGCUCCGUGAUGCUUCCGGUAACCCAGUCGAGACUGCGGCACGGCGGAGGUGGCCUAGCCAGUAUAUGGAAGGAAUGCCCAAUUUAGAAAGUCAGAAAUGUCAUGAUGAGAGUAGUCCUCGAAAUUGGCGUAUGAUUGAGAAAGUAAUUGAAGGAUUAAUGGACCGAGAUUGUUGCAGAGAUUUUCUAGAGAAUCAUGUGAAUCCUACAUACAGGGAUAUAAUCUCGCAACUAGAGAUCAAUCAUAUUAAAAUAGGGCACCACCAUCCAAUAAAAAAUGUAGUCGAUCAUGGAAAUAAUGAAUCUGAAUCAACCCCUUUUGCGUCAAAGGGGCACGAUCACAGGCAGGAGAGUGGUCCGAUGAGACCUACUGACUUAUACAAUGAUCUAGUAGGCAAUGAGAAACGAGGACGUGGCGAAGGUGACAAUGGGGCUAUAGUUGUUCUAUCGGCGGGUGCUGCAGAGCAGGUUCGGCGGCUGCAAUGAGUUUUUUUUGUUGGAAUUGCCGAGGGCUUGGGAACCCUUGAGCAGUUUGUACCCUCAUGGAGCUGGUGAGGUUGAAGAAGCCUAUAGUAGUGUUCCUUAGUGAGAUACUGUUAGAUAAGAAAGGAAUGGAACGUGU